CCAUGCUGGCAUUGGGUCCCGGUGCUCUCAUGACAGCAAAUGCCAUAGUUCAGGUUGCAUGAAAUCUUUCCCUCUGUGUUCACUCAGCUGCUCGUAACUUUAUAUAUACGCUGGGUUGUGAAUGUCUAGGCUCGGAAGGGUAGAUUGUUAUCUGCAAAUGUCAGUGAAUGUUGAUUUCACUGUGUACAUGCACGCUGAUGAAAAACAUUCCCAUGCGUGAUCGAAAGGACUGAGACAAAGUAAGAGAGGCUUUGAGAGAGCUAAUUAGCAUUUGAGGCGCAGUAAUGAUGAAUGGUUCCAACGUGGCCAAUACGACGACGGUCACCACCAAAUCCAAGGAGGAGCCGGCUGUGAACGGACACGAUGAGAAGGAGAACAACCCCUUUGCGGAGUACAUGUGGAUGGAGAACGAGGAGGAUUUCAACAGACAGGUGGAGGAGGAGCUGCAGGAGCAGGACUUCCUGGACCGCUGUUUCCAGGAGAUGCUGGAUGAGGAAGACCAGGACUGGUUCAUUCCGUCCCGCGACCUGCCCCAGGGCCUCGGGCAGCUGCAGCAGCAGCUGAACGGACUCUCAGUGGGCGACGGCUGCAGCUCGGAGGACAUCUUGAGCAAAAGCAACUUGAACCCCGACGCCAAGGAGUUUGUUCCGGGAGUGAAGUACUGACGCUUGGGGCAGACUUGGAAGAGACUGUCCCUGUCCCUGGCUUGGGCGAGGGGGGUGGGCGAGGAUCCGGGCGAGAGUCGAACUGGGCCCUGGAACCGGAGCGCCCGCGCCCGGGGGACCCUGGCUCUAUAUGCUCUUGGGCACCUUUUUAUUUUUCUUUGUAGAAUCUCUUGUGGGGGCAGGCGGCUUCUGGGACUCGCGGCCCUGGGGGCUGAUCUGGCGGCUGCUCCGGCCAGGGACGCCGGGGGUGGGGUGGGCGGGUGUGCUUCCAACCAGCUGACUGAGGCCGAUUUUGAAAGGCGGCUCCCUGCUCUCCCUCCACUCCGCAGAGGGCCGGGACGUGCCGUGAGGACGAUGAUCCCGACGCGGGCGCUUUGCAUUUUCCUUCUGCGGGGAUUUUAGACGAGCUGACGAGUGAUGAAACUGACGCAGAAUCCUUUUGCCCUGCUCCCCUCCGGAGCCACGACCGUGCACUGAACACUAG